GUUGUGGAGCACGAGUAUGACACUGAGCAUGUGAGUAGCACUGCCGACCUUUGCAUUAUGGUGUCUGAGCAAGAAUGGCAAAGCAUUCUUCGGGGUGCACGGAUGUUGCUUAGACCAUACCAGUGCCAAGGAGGCCGAGCUCAUGGGGAAUUGGCUUUGGCAACGCGGAUCAAGGAUGGAUAUUACGUUGUCGGAUCCUUCAAGGUGGAAGGCUUAUGUGAGGAUACAACCGUUGACAAGGUCACCAAUGAUGUUCUGAAGGACAUCUACAGUCAACGUGAACUCAGAAAUUUGAGACAACGCAGCAAAUCUUUGUGGAUUUGGAAGCUGGCCGAUGUGUGCCCAGUAUCAGAGCCUUUGGCUAUUCCAUGGAUCAAUCACAAUGGCCGGAACCGACCUUUCAAGAUCGAUGUUCAACAACUCAGGCAUCCAUCCAAAGCUGCCAAAUGCAGGGAUCAUUGCCCUCGUUCCCUUUCGUUAGCUGAGACGGCAAAAUUCUAUUUUCACAAGGCAGAUCAUGACUUUCAGCAACUGUUCACACAGCAGCUGCGCAAAUUGUCUGGACGAAAGCUUCGAGUUGGAACAACGUGUUCAGGUUGUGAUAUAUGCGUGACAGUUCUGAAACAGACGGUGGACCACUUCAACGCUACCCAGGUUGUCGAAGUUCUGGCGCCUAUCUUUGCUGUGUACGAAAAUGUGCGAGGUCAAGAUACUGUGGAAUCGGUGGAUAAAUGGUACAAGCAGACGCUGUUGUCUUUGAGAAGCAAUUUCCAGUUUCCUGUGGAACAAAUCUUUCUGAAGCGUCCAGAGGAGCCUCCAUCCAACAAGAGGAUAAAGGCACUGGUGGACAUCGCAAAGACCAAGUACCCCUACUCCAACAAUGUGUUCAUCGAUGCAUCUAGCUCCAUUGACUGGCAGAUGAUGGGUGAUGGAGUGAUACCUUGUUUGGCACCCAGUCAUGAUGUCUACUCAACCGGGCUACGCCGCUACUUGCAGGCUGAAGAUGUUUUGAAUGCACAGGGGCUCUUCAGGUCAUGCUUCAACCGGGAUGCAUAUGCAGCUCUCCAAGAACAAGCUCAAGAGAUCGCAGGAAAUAGCUUUUCUAGCACAGUAUGUCAAGCAGUUCUCAUGACUGCCUUGACCUGUACGCCAGAUGCCUGGGACAAGGCUGGCGUCGUCAAUGCUCCAACGGAUGGUGUGCAUCGUGAGCAACCUCAACAAGUGGUAGCCCGUAGGCUGAAACGCAAGACACCACCAGCUCUUUGUCAGGUAUUGCCACCGUCUGGUGGAAAGAAGAAACAGUCCAAGAAUCCAAAGUAUAAGCGCAAGGAUCCCAAGGUUGAUAGCCGAAAGUUCAACAAACAUGGCAAGUCCAAAGUUGCAUCGAUAUGGGAGAAGGAGAUGGUGCAACUAGGAUUCUUCCGAUGUUGCUUUUACCGGUGGCGAAAGGAAGUGGGUUUCCGCUAUGUGAUCGAUGUCAUCAAGACAGCAGUUGCUCAAUGGAAUCAUGCUGUGGAGACGCUCAAGCCCCAGUUGGAGAAUGCUGAAACCUUACUUCCUUUGUUGGAAGCUCGCUUUCGAACUGAUGGUCGUGACGAUGUUCCUGUGCAGCAGAAACUGGAGGAGAUUCAGCAGAGUUUGAAGAAAGUCCUCCUUCGAGUUGUCAUGAAGGACAGCGACAACAAUCUGAUGUGGCAAAACAGCGACAUGUCCAGUGGAAUCAUGGCGCACGCCACGAAAUCAGGGCCAGACGCAGAUCCCUUGGCAUUGGGCUUGAGGAAAUUGUCACUGGUGGGCCAGCAGUUCGUAGAGGAAAGGGCUGCCCCCCACCUAUUCCAGGAGGUUGGGGGGCAGCAGGACAACCCAACGACGGAUGGCACAACCAUCUGCACGCUUUGGUGCGGGCGUAUUGUGCAGCAGCGGUUGAUUGGCAUCAUUGCAUGGAUCUUAGGUGAUGUGAAGAAAUUGAAGGAUGUGCUGCAUCGUCAGCGCUAUAUGUUCCAGCAACUUCUUCAAAUGUGCCAACCCGCUGAGAUGAAGACUGACGAAUCCGAAGCUGCCAUAUUGGAUGCAGCACGCAAAAUUCCAAUGGCAAAUGAAAGACCUAUCACAUGGGCAGUUCAGCUUCAUGAUGAUGCAACCACACGGCAGCCGUUGCCUGACUGGCUGUCACGGCCAGUUGAAAAGUCUGUGACAUGGUGGUCUUCCGAAAACAGAAAAUGGCAAGCCAAGAUCGACGCACGUGCUGAGUUAGGAGGCAGUGGUGAAGCAAGGCGCUUAGUACUGGUGAGGAGUGAAGCAAUCACAGCUGACGACCUACCUGAACUUCCAGAGUUCAUCAGUAUGGGUGGUGUCGCCAACUCAGUUGUUGAGUCGUUGAAUGCCAAUAACGAUGCUGAUGACGGUGAGUAUGGAGAUGAUGAAGAGGAUGCUGCAGAUGAUUUCAAUGGCGAGCAUGAGGAGAAUGACAAUGGAGAAAACAUGGAAAUUGAUGCGGAAGAACAAGAGUUCAUGGAGAAUGCUGAAGCCAUUCAGGAUCAGGAUGACAGUGACAAGGAGGAAAUCCUUUACUACAGUUCUGAGGAAGAGACAGUGAAGGGCAUGGCAACAUCCAACUUCGGUCGCGUGAAAUCAUUUGAUCACCGCCCAGAGUGGAAAGCAUUGUCAGCCCGUGGGGCUACAGAGAUUCCACCCAAUUGCUUCAUCGGGUACCAUGCGACCAGCAGAACGUGGCAAGGGUACUUUGGUGAGUCUGGCGGUGGAUCAGGAGAGAACCUUGGAGUUUUCAGGGGCUUGGGGACAUUGUUUGCUUUGGCAGUGGCUGCGGCUCAAUGUCUUAGCGAGGGCGGAAACGAAAGCAGUGGCAGCCAUGUGAGGUUGUCGAGUUGCAAGGAACUCUCCGUGAAGCUGCCGGCAAGUGGUUGGAAGUCAAAGGAAUGGAUUUUCAGCUAUGCUUCUUCUGAUAGCCAGAUGGAAGUGCAACAGUUGGGUGACCAUGUGGAAGAGAAGAACGAGCAGGUCAUGCGUAGAAAGCAUGCCAAGAAGUUUGCUCAAGAAGUGAUUGCUGAUUGCAUCGGCUCAUUCCAAGACUUUAUUGCCAAGCCGCCUGAACAGAUUGCAAUCUGUCCCGGUGCUGUGUGCACCUCGGAGCAGGUGCGCAUUGGUUUCUUCGCAGCGCCCAUGAAAAAGUGGCUUGAAGGCAACAAGCACUUGUCUUCCUUUUGCAUGGACUUCACGUUCGGCAUUGGGCAACAUGGUCUAGCUCUUGGAGGCAUAGGCCCCCUUGGUUUGGUAGAAGCUCCGAAACACCGUCCUCAUGUACGCAUGCUGCCACUGUUACUCAUGGUUGCCAAAUCAGAGGACCGUGAGGCCCAUCAAGAUCUCUUUAAGCAGUACAUGCAGCUCAUGAAGGAGCAUGAGAUUUCUGUGACAGACGGUUUUGCGGAUUGCUUUUGCUUUGAGAGUUGCAGUUUCCCCUGUCAGGCGAAUGAGGACUGGAAACGUAUCCGGCUUCACCGUUGUCUUCAGCACAGCAAAAUGAAUCUGCGGCAGGCGGCGAGGAAAAGAUGUCCCUCUUGUGGUGAAAGACGUCUUCGGAAUGAUGAGUUCCUGAAUGUCCUGGUUGCAUUCCUUUUGCAGUCAGCAUUUUUGCCGAGCUCUUUGGAAUUCAACGUCUUUUGGUCGUCUGUGAUCUCUAGACUUCGAGGCACAGAAAAAGAGUCCGAUUGGCACGAACCAGACAUGGCGCUCUACAUUCAGGAAAACCUCCUGCAAGAAGGCCCUGAUGGCUUUACGGCGGCUUGGCGGACAGGUUUGGGCAUUGUUCCUUUUGGUUUCACUACUUACAGCUCCAACGCCCAAGAACGCGCCUGGCGGACUAUCAAAGGUCUUCUCAAGCCAGGGAUGCGCCAAAAAGAUCCUGCCUCUGUUAUUCUGGAUGUGGCUGCUGCCCUUACUUCCAAGUUGCGGAACGGGGACUAUGACAAGAUGCUGGCCACAGUGGCCCAGCCUUGGCAAAGUCUUCAGGUGUCUGACAAAGCUCAGUUGCAGGAUGUGGACAGCCUUGAUUCGGACGACGGGCCUCAGUUAGUGCAACGAAAGCGUCUGGGUUUAGAAGCAAUUCUGAAGCAUUUCAGGCGUCAUGGGCCAACCGGGACAUUUAUUGAAAUGGCCAGCGCCUUGCGUUUAGCUCUGGCGACCUCUGAGGAGGAAGUGGUCCGCGCAGCUGCUUCUCUUCAGACAGGUGCUUAUGAUUGCCUGCGCCAUCUGCAUCUCAGAGAAAGCUAUUGCACCGUUUGGGUGUCGACGGAGAACCAGCUGUACGAAGGUCAUAAGCAUUUGGUUUCGGGUGCAGGAUGGAGUGAGCAUUGCUUGUUCAUCCGGGCUCUCCUUGCGAAGGAAACAUCCCAGCCCAUACCCCUGGGGACGUUGUCAGCUGCUGCCAAGAAAAGAACAAAGAAGCGGCCGCAGGCCAAGAGAUCAGCCAAGAUGAAAGCAAUGCUGAGAGCUCCUGAGGCAUUGUCCUCUGGCGUUGCAGGCGCUGAAGCAGUAGAAGUUGUUCCGAUGAAUUCCCAAACCCAAGAGCUUCUACCAGGUGGUUUGGUGGAAGGAAAGGAGCUCCCUAUUUUGGAUUCUGUUGGGCAGGAAAAAGAGUCUAUGUGCAUGGCCGCAACCAACAGCGGCAAGCGCUGCAGACGAAAGAGAUCGCAUGGCGCUUUUUGCUUCCACCGCCAUCAGAUCGCAAGUUCGCCCAAAUGGAGUUUGACGCUCUUUGAAUCCGUGAAGGAGCCGGCGCAAAGCGCCAUGGAAUCCUGGGAAAAGGCGCAAUUGGACCUUGCCAUCCAAUUGUCGCAGACAGAGAAUGAAGAGUUGUCUGCCCGCAUGCAAGAGAGCUGCCGACGGGUCGACGCCAGGUUGCGGCUUUUGGGUCUUCGUCGUGUCCCUGUCCCUGUCGAAGGGAACUGCCAAUUUGAUGCUUUGGUCUACUCUGCAGAUGUUCCAAUGAGUGCAAUGGAGAUGAGGAGCUUUGUGGUUCAAUAUCUACGGCCACUGGCCCGGGACGAGCUGUCACUGCUGGGUGCGGCUCACUUGUUGAGACGUCCAAUUCAUCUGGUCACGGACACCGUCUCUGACAAGCCAGAGGAGUACAUCCGAAUCAUCGAGCCGCCCAGCAUUAUCCAUGAGUCCCUUUGGGGCAGCCAGGUGGUUUUGGCAUGUUUCAUGGACAGACACUUCGACGCGACCGAGCCAGAUUCUAGCUAG